AUGUAUCGCGGCGCCGUCUUGGUCUCCGUCGCGGGGCUGGCUCAGCUGGCCUCGGCGGGCCUGUAUCCUGGCAUCACCACCGAUAACCAUACCUGCGCUCUCGUUGACCCCGUCCUGUCCUGCUCCUGCAAGGCCACGCCUGACAAGGUUGCCGACACCUGCUGCACCGAAACGUACGGAGGGCUCCUGGUCGCCACCCAGAUCUGGAACACCUUCACUGGCCUCGAGAGCAAGGGCCAAAUCUACCCCAAGAACCACUGGACGAUUCACGGCCUCUGGCCUGGCUCUUACACGCAGUACUGCGACCUGAGCCGCCAGUAUGACCCCAAGCCCGUGCCCAACACCACCGACGGCACCCCCCACGGUACCCCCGUCCCGCCCUACACCGGCGAGCCCAUUGACAAGUGGUUCAAGCCGUACGGCAAGCUCGAUCUCCUCGCCUACAUGAACAAGUACUGGGUCAGCCAGUACGACCCCAACUGGGUCUUUUGGGCGCACGAGUUCUCCAAGCAUGCUACCUGCUACUCCACCUUCCAGACCGAGUGCUAUGGCCCCAAGGCGACGGAGCACGGCGACCUCUUCGAGUUCUUCGAGACCGUCAUCAAGUUCCAGCGCACCCUCCCCACCUUCAAGUGGCUCUCCAAGGCCGACAUCAAGCCCUCCAACAAGACGGCCUACACCCUCUCCAAGAUCCAAAAGGCCCUCACCAAGGAGUUCAGCCUCGUCCCCUUCCUCGGCUGCUCCGGCCCCCGGUACAACGAGACCGAGGCCGGCAAAGGCUCCAAGGAUAACGGGCGCACCGUCCUCAGCGAGGUGUGGUACUACUACCACGUCUACGGCCGCCCGCAGGAGGCGCAGGCUAAGAAGCUGGCUGCGGAUGCGUCCGGCGGUAGCCUGUCGACCUGCGCAAAGGCCAAGGACGCCGUCUGGUACUAUGAGCGGUCCAAGGGCAGCGAGCAGUAG